CUCGGCGGCGGCAUGCAGUGGUGCGCGCGCGAUGCAAGGCCUCCGCGUCAGUCCAAAUUGGCGUGAAGGAAGGAGCGGACCAUUGAGGGAGACGUGCGGCGGCAGGCGCGCCGGCAGACGCUUAUCAGUUAUCGGCGGAUGGGCUCGCUCUUUGCAUGGGCUCCAAUUGGAUCGAGGACCACUUUUGCUCUAGUGCCUGUAAGUGUACUGCAUCCACAGCGACGCACGGAAGUAGCUCUCUGAACAGCACAACGCAGAUGACUCUUUGCUGCCAUGAGACUGCUGCCGCUGCUUUUUACGGCCGGUAUUUUCGCCGUUCUGGCCGAUAAAGAGCGCACCAGACCUGCUCAUGGGCACUUGAUGCAAAGUUGGUGGCACACUUUGAAUUCCAGGAUAGGCCACUAUGGUGAGCGCAUCAUCAAAACCACGACACGCGCACCCGCUGCAAAGGCAAUCCCAUUGUUAGCAAAUCCAGUAAAUGGUGACGUCUUUAUUCAACCUGGGAAGCUCACUACUUUUCGAAAACAUACAACGCUAGCACCCACUACAACCCCAGAACCUACCACAACCACUGAUUAUGAGGAAUUGACUACAAUCCCUCCUAAACCAAUAAUUCAAUAUGAUGUUCCCACGACUCAAGAAAUAGAAACUGAGCCCCCAACAACCACCCCUGCUGAAGAACCAGUGGAAACGACAACCACAGAAAAAGUCAACCCGACCUUUUUGGACCAAAGUGUUCAGGCGAGACGGAUGGGAACUUCUUGUCCUUCUUAUUGGGAUACAAGUAUUUCCAGUGUGGUUCAUCCCAUUUUUUGGCCAGAGACGGAAGUGGGCGAAAUAGCCUUUCCCACCCAGCCGUGUUUUACUUCUGACUUCCUGCCUGUGGCAAGAGAGUGCAAACUCAUCGAUGGCAUUGCACGCUGGGCAGAGAAAAACGGCACUUGCGAUCCAAACGCCGUGUCCAACACCACCUUCUUGCUGUACGAAUUCACUAGAAAAGAUGCCGUGUCAUCUGAAACUGUGGUUAAGGUGACCAGGAACAUGGCGACCAUCCUCAGUUCCAAAGCAGUUCCUUCCGCUUCUGAUGUGAUGGUUGUGGACAAUGUCCUUGUUGAAAUCACAAAACACGCACAACACUUGAGAGAAGAUAGUCUGAAUGACGUGGCAUCAGUUCUGGACAAAGUGUCAGUUUCCAGCCAAGUCAACAACUUUGACACGAUAAAUUUGCAAACCGCUACCAACUCUAUUUUGAGAAGUGUUGACACGAUUUUGGCCAAAGUUCAACUGGACCAGAGCGGCAUCGCCAGAGCCCACUCCAACGCCACUUCUUUGAUGGCUGCCGACCUAUCGCUGAGCGGCGUGAAAGGGGUGCAAAUCUCCGACUCGAAAAUCGUGCCUCUCACCGCCGAAUCUGGCGCGGUUACGUCAGCCAGUUUCCUACAAAUUUCAUCCGGCAGAGCUGCUUUCGUCCUCUUGGGAAACGAAGACAGCCUUUUCAAGGCCAAGAACGAAAACUUGACCCUGAACAGCAAAGUGCUUGGUGUGAGUAUCGACGGCCAGCACCCUUGGCACCAGCUUAAGGAGCCAGUCAUCCGGCUCAAGUUCAAACCAACCAACCCCUCGGAGGGGAUGUUGGUCAAGUGCGCGUACUGGGACAUUUACAACAGCGACUGGAAGACCGACGGCUGCACUUUCGUCGGGAAAGAGGGUGAUUUGGACGUGUGCGAGUGCAACCACUUGACCCACUUCGGCGAGAUCAUCGGUGUGUCUGGCGAUGACAAGAUCCUGGACAUCAUAUCCAUCGUUGGCUGCUCCCUUUCGCUGAUCGGUUUGUUGGGAAUCGCCGCCACAGCUGCGAUGUUUGAACACUGGAGGUCACGGCUCGGCAACAAGAUUUUGCUUCACCUCUCUGCGUCGAUUGGUUUGACAAUGGCCGUGUUUUUGUCCAUCGCGUUGGACGCAGGCGCUGCUUCGGACGCAUCCUGCAUAACCUUGGGCGUUCUCCUGCACUACUCUAUCCUUGCGUCCUUCUGCUGGAUGCUCAUCUCGGCUCUGCUGCAGUUCCUGCGCUUUGUAUCCGUUCUAUCCGCGCGUCCACCGCAUUUCCUGCUCAAGGGCGUGCUUUUUGGCUGGGUUCUUCCCACCGUGCCGGUCAUCGUCCUGCUGUCAAUCGGGCCUGCAAAGAGCUACCCUCGCACAAACAGCUCCUCCAACUUCUGCUAUCCUGUAGAGCUGUCACUAAUUCUGGGAGUCAUCAUUCCUGUUGCCUGUGCGGUCAUCGGAAAUCUUUUGGUUUUCUGCUUGAUUGUCUACCGAGUGUCGUGUGGACGGCCAAAGAAUUUGACCAUCAGCACCAUGGCAGAGAGGCGAGUGAUUGCCUUGCGGCAGUUGCGUAUGAGCGUGCUGCUCUUUUUCCUGCUUGGACUGACCUGGAUUUUCGGCCUUCUGGCCAUGGUGGCUCCCUUCUUGGCGCCUUGGAGGGUCGCCUUCUCGUACCUCUUCUGCACCACCGCAACCCUGCAAGGGCUGGCGCUUUUCAUUUUCUUCAUCGUGUGGGAGAAGAAAACGCGGCAAAUGUGGCUGACGGCCCUUCCAGAGCGAUUCGCGCCGACCAGACCUUCAAGGCCAACCACAUCAAGUACAGCCUUCAGUGAAAGCAACUCGCAUUCUUCUUCAAGAGUCCGAGACGAGAGGGCUCCUCUGAGGCAAAAGACUUCAACACAGAACUUGACUGAAAGCACAAACAGAAAUGCUUCCAGCCAGUGAAUUUUCAAACUAUCUGAAUUCUGAAUUGUGAUCUGAUCUUUUUAGUGCUGAUAUUUUUCGAGGCACUUCAUAAAUAUCGUUACCAAAAAUGUGCCACAUGUAGUUGUAAGAUUUUAUAACCCAUUUAUAGCCUUUUUUGUUGAAUUUUAAUAUAAUAGAAAUAAAGGUAGCUUAUAUAAAUAU